AUGCUAAUAUUUAAAAAAAAUUUAAUUAACUCAAAUUUCAUUGCACACUUGUAUAAUAUAAGAACGGCUGGACUGAAGUAUUUUGCUCCGCCAAUAAAAUAUGAAGAUUUUCAACCAGCGGAGCGACCUAAACUGCGUGUGAUGGAGAAAGUUCCACAAUAUCCACCGAACAUGCGACCCCCUAAAAUGCAGAAAAGACUUAAAUUAAUGCGUGGGCCAGAACUUGUUCAUAACACUUUGCAGCACAAACAAUAUGGCAUUAUCGCGACGGGCGGUGGACGAUUGCGUUGGGGUCACUUUGAAAUGAUUCGUAAUACUAUUGGGCGGAAAAUUGAUGUUAGCAGAAUGAUUGCGACGUGGAGAAUUCCCCCUCCCUGGCAACCACUUACAAAGAAGGGUCAAGGGCAAAGAAUGGGUGGCGGUAAAGGAGCAAUUGAUCAUUAUGUAACACCUGUUAAAAGCGGGCGGGUGAUUGUAGAAAUUUCAGGAAAAUGUGAAUUUGCUGAAGUGGAACCAAUGUUAAAACAAGUUGCUCAUCUUUUGCCCUUUAAAGCAGAGGCGAUAUCUGAAGAUAUUCUAAAGGAAAAGAUAAAAAUGGAGGAAGAACUUGAGAGAUCAAAUACAAAUCCAUUCACCAUGAAAUAUGUCAUACAAAACAACUUAAAUGGUUGUCACCGAUGGUUAUCACCGUUUGAUCAUAAAUGGUUCGGAAAAUAUUUGUAAAAAAUAUAAAUGUAUAGAAUAACUUAAAAAGAUAAUAAAAGGAAACAUUGGGACAACAUCUUUCCUUUAAAACGAA